AUGGCUCCGUAUCCUCCUCCUCCUCCUCCUCCUCCUCCAGAGGAGCAGUUCCAAAGCACGCAGGAAGGAAGGCAUCAUAUUAUCCUGGAUGAGGAUAAUGAUAAGAUGCAAGCCGAUGGCCCAAAGCCGACACGAACACCGGCACCUACCAGCAACGACGCCCUAGUCGCCGCUAAAGAAGCAGUCGGUGCUCCUGUGAGCGGUGUCCUGAAAAAUGUUCAUAGCGCAGCAGCUCACGCCGGACAAGAUUUGUUCAAAACUGCAGCAACUCUGAAGGUCGCGUUCGUCAAGGCUUACGAGGUUGUGAAGGGAAAGCUCAAUUCCACUGCUGCCAGUAUCCGGAAGCCUUUUGCGGUGGGAAAGAUCGAUGAUGAUUUGACUGUAAAGCUCCAAGAGGGAGCUCCGGCGUCUCCGGAUGGGACGGAUUCAAAGUUUUCCAAGGAGAGCAGGCUACCAGAGUCUUGCGAUGGUUGUGCUUGGAAGCGUGGUGGUGUGGACAAUUUUGAUCCUGGCGCUGUCGCUAUCGCGGCCGAACAGCCUGAAGUUAUCAAACUCGUGGCUGGAAACCCUGCGAUGUUGGAGGUUUUGAAGACGCAUCCUGGGAUUGUUAAGGCCGCGUCUGAGCAUCCCGAGGUGUUGGAGGAGUUCAUGAAGCAUCACGACGUGGUCAACAGGAUUCUAGAAACCCCAGAUGUGUCGGAGCUCUUAAUGAAAUCCCCAUCCGCUAUUCAUGGUGCCGCUCCAGCUUCGAUUGAAGCCCAAGACGAGGACCAUCAAUUGAGCAAGAGAGACGUCGAGUUCGCGACUGGGCUUGCGGCGGAGCAAGAGAUGUUGACGAGGCCCACCGUCUUGUCCGUGGCCCCAUUUCAUGGCUUUAGAGGCAAUGUGCAGCUGGUCCCGAGAACCAUCAUUUCCGACCCAACGGACAAUAAGUGCUAUACUUUGUUUGUCGUCGGCGGUUUGGCGAUUGCGAUUACCAUCCUCGGAAUCGCCAGCAUUGUCAAUUCAUGUAAAUUCUGGAAGAACAGGGUGCAGCGUGCCAGUGGUGCCAGCGUUGAGCCAUACGGACAAGAAAAGACCAAGGAAGAGACUUGGUAA